UGAAAAGUGCUGCGGACCAAUUACGUCGCGUUUUGUUGAGACGUUCCUAACAACAUUUCUGACAGAUACGAAAGGAGAAGGCCGUAAUCGCAGCCAUGGAGUCCUCUUCAGUGUACAUGUGCUUUCCCUGUUAUCAGGAGUUUCCUACACUAGAGGAAGUGCUUGCACAUCAGAUGACCUGCACUGCAGAGAAUCCACAACUUCUGCCCAAUGAGACGCCUAUCGAGGCUGCAGCUGCCGCCGCUGGUCUGGCACAGGUGGCGAUGCAGGCUGUGUCAGCUCCCCAGAUCCAGACUCAGACAGCUGUUGAUCUGUCUUUUCUGCUAGAACAGAAGAAAACUCUUCAGGCGGAUGCUCCUCGUGUUCUGUAUCAGUGCGCUGACUGUGAGGUUCUCUUUGAUGCUCUGUCACUCUGGCAGCAUCACCGCAAGAUGGGCUGUUGUCUUGAGACGGGACCUGGACCUGGAGGAGAGCAGAGUAGGGAAAGUGUUGAAACGGCAGCCCAACCGGUUCCUACCCAGCCAGAAUAUCAGGACGCUGAGCAAGCACAGAAUGCACAUGAACAGAUGGAGGUGAAAGAAGAGGGAAGGCAGGCUGAAAUGAAGAUGGAGAACACCAGUCAAGUAUUUGUGGCAGUAGGAGAGGUUUCUGAAAGAGUAGCGGCACCUGAUGGUGUACAGAGCAACAGUGUCCCCAAUGAACCUCCGGAGACUUCGGCCACCCAGGAAACUGCACCUGUGGAGUCCUCAGCUGAAGAAAACAGUUCCGCCACAAGGCGCAGGGGGCAGAAAAAGGCUAAGCCCCCCUCCAGCCUGCUCUGCGUGGAGUGCGGGCAAAGCUUCAGCCUGGUUCCAGAGCUUGUGACUCACCGCAAGACUCAGCACGGCUUGAAGGAUGCCAUACACCGCUGCACAGUUUGCGGAGAGGGCUUCCUCAACACCACUCUUUUCCUCUAUCACCGAAAGCAGCACCGCUCAGAGGGGGAGGAUAAACCCAAGCAGGCUCAACCUGCCAUUCCUCAGCUCUCCACAGCCAUGCUGGAGGCCCCAGGUGAGGGACUCUUGCUUUUAGCCACAGCUGGAGAAGGCCAGAGCCUAAUAGAGGUGACCACUCUGGAACAAACCAUAACUGAGACCCCUGUAGCACAUGUGGAGGUUGAGCUGGAGAAUGAUGGAAUGAGAGGAUCUGAGGCUCUCCAGACUGAGCAGGAACCUGCCGUGGAAGGCACAGAGGUUUGUGUGGAGAUGGUGGAGGAGAGUAAUGGAGCAAACCAGGAAGAAGGAAUGGAUGUGGUCGUUGAUAAGAUGGAAGAAGAUGUGGAGAUGGAAAAAAGCACUGUGGUUGAGGAGAUCCAAGGAGAGGUGGAAAGUAGCACAGACAAGGAACCUGUGAAAGCUCCAUCUUUGAGCACAGAAGGACAGAAUUUCCUUUGCCAUCAAUGCGGAUCUGUUUUCACCAGUGACCAGGAGUUGGCUCAGCACCGCAGAACCGAGCACAGCCUGGAGGCGGCGUUGCACACCUGCGCAGAGUGCGGGGCUGAGUUCAUGAGCACCACACAGUUCUUGUACCAUCGGCGGGAGCAUAAGAACGCAGCUGUGGGACAUCCACCCUCUGGUGAAGUGAAAGGCAGGCUGUACCCUACUGCAGCUCCAGCUAUUGUUGUGAAACCCAGAGACAACGUGAACCUUGGACAACCAGCGGCAACAGCAGCAGCAGCUGCAGACGGCGCCAUUGAGGCUCCCGCCAAGCUGAGCCGCGACUGGUCACGCACCGCCCUGCCACACGAGUGCCCACAUUGUGGACAGGGCUUUACGCGGCGCAGCCGUCUGCGUGAGCAUGUGUUCCAGCACACAGGGGAGAAACUCUUUAACUGCAAAAUUUGCAAAAAGAGCUUCCCGUCUCCGGCCAACCUGCUACGUCACAACCUGACCCACGGAGGAUCACGCAUAUUCAACUGUCCCCUCUGUGACAAGCGCUUCUUCCAGCCGACGUCACUCAAACGCCACAUGCUGAUUCACCAGGGGGGUGAAAGCCAGGAACGCAAGGUCAGAGGCAGAGGAAAAGGCAGGGGACAAUCAAGCGAUGGGCGUCUGCACAUCUGCCCAGAGUGCCCAGCCAGCUUCAAGUUCGAGUCCCAGCUGAAGAGUCACAGGGCCUUCAUUACUGGACUUCUCAUAAUGCUCAGUGACACAGGAGUAAAACGCAUUAAUGCUGCAAUUGAAUUGCAUGAUGCAGCCUUUCCUAUUCACGUUCUCUCUGUUUUUCGCUGUUCUCUCAUCCACCAAGAUAAAGAACCAAAGACGUGUCCUAACUGCGGCUCUCAGUUCCUGAAUCAGACAGUGCUGGACACACACCUUCAGCGCUGCACAGGGGAGGAGAUGGGCCGCCGCAAAUAUAAAGGUCAGGGAAGAGGCAAGGUGGGAGGUCAGCUGGAGUGUGACAUGUGCGGCCACCGCUGCGUGACUCAGGAUGCUCUUGACCUGCAUCGCCUCUCCCACACGGGUCAGACACCCCUGCGGUGCCCGCUCACCCCCUGCAGACGCCGCUUCGCCUCCAGUGCUGCUCUAGGGGAGCAUCUUGUGGCCCACUGCUGUGGAGCAUUAGGCAAACGAAACGCCCUACGCCGAUUCACCUGUGAGUUCUGCGGGAAGGAGUUUGCCUACGCAUCCACCUUCACCGUUCACAUGAGGACACACACCAACGAGAGACCCUUUGAGUGCACUUAUUGUGGGAAGCGUUUCCGGCAGCUUCCGCACCUGCAGGAUCACGAGCGCAUUCAUAGCGGCGAGCGGCCGUUCACAUGCUGGGUGUGCGGUAAAAGCUUCAGCGUAGCAGCAAGGCUAACGGAGCACGCCCGUGUGCAUAGCGGCGAACGGCCGUACAUCUGCCCUCGGUGUCCCACCGCCUUCCGCUCACGACCCAACCUCGACAAACACAUGCGUCUGCACGCCAACGACCCCGUGGAUCCUUCCGCACAGAACACGGAUGAUGAUGCAGCAGUGCAGACCAUCCUCUUAGUACAAGAGUCUGCUUCAUCUUCACCAUCCUCCUCCUCAUCCGCCGUGCCUGUGGUCCAGGAGGGCAUGCUGGUGGCAGAGGAAGGCAGCUCCUCUGUGGUCUUCCUGCACCCCAGCCUUACCAUGCCCACCAUCACUGUGCCAACUAUCUCCGUUCCCUCUAUAAAUGUUCCCAACAUCUCUGUAGUGGCAGGUCAGGAUGUGCCUCACACUAUUGAGGUUAUCUUAGAGGAGACUGUGUAAAAACAUAAUCAGAAGAAUGCAAAGGGAACAUGGGGUGGGGGUUGAACAUUAUAAUUAUUAUUAUUUUUAUUU